AAGCUACAACACUAGUCACUGCUUUGAUUAAUUCUUAAGAUGGCUAAGCAGAAGGUGGUGUUGAAGGUGGCCAUGAAAGACCCCAAGAGGUGCUCCAAAGCUCUCAAGACCGCCGUCGGCUUGCCCGGCGUGCUCUCUGUGGCUCUGGACAAAGACUGCCUCAUCGUGGUUGGCGAUGGUGUUGACUCGGUCGCGCUGACCACCAUCCUCAGGAGGAAGAUGGGUACCGCCGACCUCGUCAGCAUCGGAUCAGCCGAAGAAAAGAAAGAGCAGAAACCUGCGGAACCAACGAAAGAGGAGAAACCAGCGACUGUGGCCAAGUUCAAUACGAUGACUUGGCAGCCGAUGCCGGCGAGCUACUACAUCAUGUAUCCUGCAGCCCCACAACCGUAUUAUCACUACCAGCACGCUUACCAAACCUGCCCAGUUAACGAUUGUCUCACGAUGUAAAGAGAUCUUAGCUAGUAGAAUGGUCAAAAAUAAUAGACUUGUUUUCAUUAAUAUACUGUAAAAGAGCUUGAUCUUAUGGAAGGCUUGUGAUAUGAAUAAGGUUAAGCAGUUUGUGGCACUAAUAAGCAAUUUUACUGUCUCAUUCCAUUUGAGUUAGCAAAAUUCAGUGCUCAAUCAGUUUUGUCAUUGAUAUAGAAAAUGUUCCACAUUUUAUUGAACCGAAACAUCACCCUCUAUUUUCCUGUUCAAUUUUUUUUUCUUUCACGUUUAAAAUUUUCUCAAUCGGUUAAAAAAAUGAU